AUGAGAUCGACUACCCUGAUGACUUUUCUAUUGACCACCAAUUCCGAUAUUUGGUCGGUAAAACUACUCGGAUCAUGGGACAAUUUUACGAACCCUUAUGUGAUGGAAAGGGACAGGCGUGCCGGCCCAGGCCACUGGAAGGGAUGUCAUACCUUUACUGAUAUCAUGGGCGAUGGGCCCGAUAAGAACCAAUGGCGCACGGGUGGCUUGAAAAUGGGAGCCACUUACUGGUAUUAUUAUCUAUUGAAUGACGACGUGGAGUCCUAUAACAAGGCCGAACCCGUCACCACUAAAUGUCCUCUUUUGCCGGGCCAACCUAUCAAUGUUUUGAACGUGCCCAUCAUUCUACCGGAUAGCCACUGCCAUGGUCGCUCUGCCAGUGGCAGCUCGCAGAAAGAAGACUACCGCACGAUGAACCCCGAAGACAAAUAUAUGAACCCGCGCAAGCCACCAAAGCCCAAUUUGGCUCGUCUUCAAACUUCCAUCCCCGAUCCCACGCAAUCAUCAAAUGCCCCCAGCGUCUCGCCUGGCGGGAGCUUUCUCCAUCGGAGUGCAUCUCAGCCGAAUAGUGCAACCCGGAAACAGGAUAAGUCGAAAGAGGGACGUUCAGCGUCUCCUCCGAGAGGUCUUGGCCUUCGCCAUGCCUUGACUCAGAAGCGACCUGGGCCAUCCCCGAGAGCGCAAGCUUUCAAUGAAGCGUUACGUCAAAAGGCCCCAAUCAAUGAGCGCCGCGAUAUUCCUGGUAUUUGCGUCAAUUCUGGGCCGGCCUGUCCGUCAACCAGCCAUUCCGACAAUGCUAUGUCAAGCAUUCAGACCCGUCGUGCACUCAAGGCAAAGGCAGGGAACGCUUCCCAAGCUCGAAAUCUGCUCACCGUGGAGACUCGUCCCCAGCACCGCAAGCCCAAUGGGCAAAUGGCUGCAUCUGGCUCGGGUUCAGGGCCAAACGAUAGGGUGCGCGCGCAUGCUAGGAGCGGCUCUGACGACUUGACGCCUACUGGGCAUGAUAUCAGCGAUAAGAGACUGCCCUCCCUUCCCAACACACCUUCUUCCGUUAUGGAUGAAGCUGUGCGUGCUAUCGAUGAACGCGACAAAGCAUUAGAUGCAGCAGUGCUACAUAGCCACUUCUCCAGCAUGACCGCGGAUGACUUUACCAAUUCCCGCUUCGUGGCCGAACACAGCCGAUUCUCGGAAUGGAGCACCGACACAGAGACCGAGGACAGUUCCCCUCAGUCGAUGAUCUCCACUUCAACAUUCCACCUCGAGUCCCGUGGGUCCCAAGAGUCUCCAGCCCCAGAGGAAUGGAGAACUCCCGAUCUCACACCCAACGACACUGCGACCAAUACCGACCCCAACACACCCCACCUCACUGUAAAUUCCAAACCCUCGUCCCCCAACUCAGCAUCGGGUGAUAUCCCUCCGUGGCUGCCACAACUCACAGUCUCCCUAUCCUCACCUCAUUUCUCCGGCUCUGGUCUCGGAAUCGACCAAAUGGAUGAAGUAGAAAGCAACCCGAAACGUCACGCCGCGUUAUUCAGUGCGCUGGAAUCCAUGCAAGCGCUUUCCCUGACAGAGAGUCGUGACGGGUCCCCGAUUCUUCUGUCAGAGAAUGACCGACGCGAUUCGGGGACGCAUUCUCGGCGUAGCGAUGCUGAUUCCUUCCGCGGGAAGGCAACCAUGCAGGAAAUCAUGGAUGAACUCAGUUACCUGAAGAAUAUGAUCCAGGCUGAGAUGGACGGCGAACCCUUUUGA